AUGGCAAAACUGAUCGGUGUGGUACUAAUGCUCUUCUCCCUAGUGGCAGCCAUCCCAUGGGCUCAAAGCUCUGAAGAAGAGAGCUGGGCCACAAGCCAUGAGUUUCAAAAGAAGGAGACAGUGAUCACCAACCUCAAUUUCUACUUCCAUGACAUAGUCGGUGGCAAGAACCCCACCGCUGUUCGGGUGGCUCAAGCCGCUAACACAAACAAAUCUCCAACCUUUUUUGGUGUUGUCAUGAUGGCGGAUGACCCAUUAACUAAAACGCCCGAUCCAAAUUCAAAGCUCGUCGGCAGGGCUCAGGGAUUGUAUGGUUCAGCAGGACAGCAGGAACUGGCUCUGAUCAUGGCCUUGAACUUUGGGUUCGUCGACGGCAUCUACAAUGGCAGCUCUAUUAGCCUUCUUGGCAAGAACCCGGCGUCGCACCCAGUUCGUGAGAUGGCAAUCGUAGGUGGAACCGGGAUUUUCCGGUUGGCACGUGGGUAUGCCAUCGCUCAUACACAUUGGUUUAACGCCACUAGCGGUGAUGCUAUUGUUCGGUACAAUGUUACCGUGGUUCACUAG